GUAGGAGAGAAAGUGCCUCAAGAAGGCAGCAGCAGCAGGAGGAGGAGGAGGAGGUGGUGGUAGUUGGCGAUGGCUGAGCAAUUAGAGAUGAUGGGAUUCCCUAGGGACUGGUGCCAGAUGGCAUUAGUGCAUGGAUCAAGGAUGGAGGAUGCGGUAGAUCUUUUGCUGGAGUGGAAAGCUUGUGGGGGACCACCACGUGUGCUUUCUCCUUCGUUCCUCCUCUCUCCGUCCUCACUGCAUCAUCCACGUGUCUCUCCCUCCGCGGGAACUGCGCGCCGAGCGGCCGACUUCGGCGUCGUCGCUCCCGAUGGGGAGGAAACUCCCGCGGGGUCGACGUCAUCGCCCGCUGGGGGGAGUGGGGAGGAAAUUCCUGCGCCGCCGCCCCGCCAGGCGGAGGGGACGUCAUCGUGCCACGUGGGAGCAUCGGAGGGGCGACAGGGGAAUGCCGAAGACACUGCCAGCACGGUCUUCUCGUCGUUGGCUUCCGCCCAUGCCGCGCCGCCGGCGGCAGAUGGGCAGAGAGACCGGCGCUGCCUGAACGCGUUGAAGGCGAAAUGGGAGCAGAAGGAGGGCAGUGGUGAGAGGCAGCGGAGGUUGAGUCAUCAUGAAGCUGGUGAUGAGCGCCCGCGGAGAUUUGAGGUCGGGAUUGGAGGCGGACCCUCGGCGGCGAGAGGCGGAGGCGCGGAAAGCUGGGGGCUGGCAGGUGGCGGCGGCGGCGGCGGCGGCGGCGACGACGACGAGUCGGCCAUGAGCAAAGUGAUGGGAGGGUCCACAGGACCCUCCAUUUUGAGGAAUUACGGUAGGCAGCCCCUCGGAGAAAGGGAAACAGACAGACAGAGAAGACGGAUUCGAGAGGAGAACGAUGAGAGCAGGAGACGUAGCGCGGCGGAAAGCGGCGGAGUGGCCGCGCGAGAGGCAGAGAGCGCGGGCGGAGUGCAAUUGAAUGAUGGCCAGGGCCCCGUAGGCUGCGGGUCGCGAUCGGGAUUGAAUGAUUAUGACGAUGACAGAUGGGGGGCUGGAGGAGGUGGUGGCGGCAACACGCUAGCGAGCGCUAGCGCGGAUGUUGAUGAUGAUGAUGAUGAUGCUUUAUUUGGCUUUCCUCCGCUGCCACGUGGCGAGAAGAGGCAGGGCAACAGCGGCGGGAACGAAUCGUCGGAAUUUCAAUAUCCCAGUGGCGGGAAAAUGCCGCGGAGCCCGGCUGACGUGGAUGAUGCUUUACCCUUUCCCCCCCUGCCACGUGGCGGGAACGAGUCGUCGGAAUGUCAAGGGCCGGGUGGCGGGAAGAUGCGCGCACGGAACUACUCUAAUGCGAACAACGGUAUUGCGAUGGCGACGGCGGUUUAUCAUCCUCGUCAGACGCCACGUGGCGACAGCAGACACAACGCCGCGUCUUAUGCUCAGCAGCUGCCAGGUGGCGACAGCAGACAGGGGGUGUCUCGGAGCCCUAACCUGAGCAACGAUUCGGCGGCUUAUCCUCAUCCGCCACGUGGUGGCGACAGCAGACAGGGGAUGCUUCGGAACCCUAAUGCGGACAACACUGAUGGCUAUCCUCAGCUGCCACGUGGCGGCGAAAGCACACAGGGUAACACGUUGGGGAGUGGGUCGUCGGGAUCGGGGUUGAGAACGGCUGGCGGCGGCAAGACGACGACGAUGCCGCAGAAUCCGCCCGACGGGAACAGUAGCGUUGCGUUUCAGUCCCUGCCACGUGGCGACAACAACAGGCAGGCCAACGGCGACGGGAGCGGGUCAUCGGGAUCGGGGUCGGGAUCGAAAAUGGCGGGAGUUUCCACCUCAUGUCGAUUGCCGACGCCGCCACUACCGCCACCCUCGGAGGACGCAGAGCCAGUGGCUUUGCGGAUUCGCUGCCCUCAAGGGGUCACCAUCAAUGCGAACUUCAGGGCGGAUUCCACCCUAAGGGAGGUGAGAGAGGUGGUGGUGGCGCAGCUGCGGCCACGUGGAAGCAGGGGAGCGGAGGUGGGCGGUGGAGGAGGGGGACCUGGUUCCGGAAGCGGAGGCGGGGCGAUGUUGGGUGAAGGCGAGAGAUGGCGUUCCGUUGAGAGGGACGUGUAUAGCAUGCUGGCGCGGGAGGCAGUGAGGAAUAAUUUAGAGGUACGAUAUGGAGGGAGGGGGGGAGGGAGAAUGUCGCGACGCAUGAUGCCGUUCACGGGCGCUUCAUUCUCUAUGUCGAGACAGCCGCCCGAGGGAGAUCCCGACCUUCUGAGGCGCGCGACGGAGCGCCACAUCGCGGAGACCGCGAGAAUAAUGGAGCAGGCCGCGUCGAUGCGCGGGAAUGUGGGGCAUCGGCGGGAAGGCGCCGAGGGGCAGAACGGCAGGGUGAGAAACGCAGCAGCGGCGUUGGAAGGUGGGGAGGAGGAGGAGGAGGAGGUGGUCUACUUCCUUACGCCUUUUCCUAAGCGUGAGUUCUUUACGGAGGCGUCCCUGAGCGUGACAUUGAGAGAGGCGGAGCUCGUGCCGCGAGGUAAUAUAGUCGUGAAGAUGCGUCGGCGGGAGAUGGGGAGGGGAGGAGAACAGGAGGAGGAGGAGGAGGAGGUGGUGGCUAAUGGCCUCGGGGGUCGUACGAUGGGCGCGUUGUCGGCGCCUGGAUUUGAUGGCCCCCUCAAUGCCCCCCUCGGCGGUCGAAGAGGGGGUGCCAAUGGCGACUUGGAUUACGGAUUUCAUCGACCAGCGGGACGCGAAGAGGAGGAGGAGAGGAGGGUAGGUGCUUGGACCGGCGCAGGGGGAGGUGGCUUUCAUGCGAGGAUGGCGCCCCAUAUGGCUACAGCAGCAGCGGCAGCCGCCCACUUGACCACUGCUCCGCCCUUCUCUGACGUGGGGGGAAGCAGUACUGCACCACGUGGACGACACGUGGCAGAAGAUGCGAGUGAUACCCUCGGGCAACGUGGAACCAAUCACGUGGAAGUAGGAAGACCUGACCUGAUGGAAAAUGGCGCGGAUGGGAGCCUAGAAAGAUGUAAACGAACGUAUGGAGCCGCAGGAGGGGGUUGGGCGCAGCCGGUGCACUCCCGGCAGCGGCCAUGGGCCUUCAACGGUCGAGAGAAGGCCCCUGAGACCUCCGGGGGGGGCGAUUGCUCGGAACCUUCGACGGCUGGGAUGGGUGGUCCCAAUGGCUACCUCACGGAGGAGAGGCAGAGAACUGGAUGGCGACCUUAUCCCAGUUGGGAUCAACGAAACAUGGGAGGGGAAGGAGGGGGAAGGGGAGGAGGAGGUGUACGAGGAGGAGGGUUAGGGGAAGCUCAAGCUACUUGCGGGCCCUCACGCUUCCCCGUGCAGGAGACAACGAGCUGCCGACGUGAACAAAAUAUGGGAGGAGGAAGAGGAGGAGGAGAAGGGGGAAGGGGAGGAGCCGGAAGAGGACGAGGACGUGGGCUAGUGGAAGAGAGGCGGCAACAGUUAAGGCAGAGGAUUAUGGAGGCUGCACAGGCUCGCUUAUCAGGGACAAGGAGGGACAGGGAAGAAUGUGCAGGAGAGGAGGGAGGAGGCAGCGGGAACGUAGAGAGCGGCGCAGGGGGCUCGCAUGAGAGAAGAGAGGAGACGAUGGAGCAGCUUGAAAGACAACAUGGACACCUGGUCAACGUGAGGGAGUCAGGGGAGGUUAAGCAGGAGGAGGAGGGUGCUAGUCGGGGGGGGUCAGGGGCCAGGGAAGGGUCCCCCGAGCCAGGCGUUGAAGAGGGGAGGAGGCUAGAUGCCAUGAGGAGACUUGCAGAAGCAUCAUCAGAAGAAGGGGAUAGGAGAGGUCGUCCCCAAGGUGCAAAUUUGGGCAUUGAUUCUUCGCGGUCUUCUUCCUCGACAACCUACAGUAGGAACACGAGGGAAAGGGUGUGGAGAUCGCACCAGGUGCACGAGGAUUUGGGGUUCUUUUCGUCUAGUUAUUUCUGGGAAAGAGAAGAGAGAGCUCAGAGACAUGGUGCCGCUGCCCGAUCAACAGGAGAACUGCAUGAUGGGGGACUGACGGGACCGACGGUGACACCGAAUGAGAGAAAUCACCGUGGAGGCGCAGAAGGAGGAGCUGGCAGGGACGGUGCCGCUGUUGGCCGACACGGUGCUCCAGCGAGCCAGCCGCAGCGAGAAGGGAUUCGUGAAGUUCCCAUUGAAGGUCGCGAUUCCACUAUUCGACCAAGGCAGCAAGAGCAGCAGCAGGAUGAGAUGGUGCAGAGCGAUUUGAGUAUAAGACUGGAGGAUGGGACGGUCCUUAGACACUCGUUUCCUGCCUUGGCUUCUUUGGAGAUGGUCAGGAACAGUGUUGUGCCAGAUGGAGAAGACAUCGCGGCGUUCGGGCUAAUUAUACCAUCGCAGGAUGGAGCGUACUUCGAUGAGGAGGCACUCAGAAAGACACUGCAGGAGGCGGGACUUGUGCCACGUGGAACAGUGCACCUCUGCCACGUGUCAAAUCGGGGGGUGGUGAGGAGGGGCACAAGGCCUCCAUUCCACUCACCGACGUACCGUGUGUCAUCGUCGGGGCCGUCGUUGUCGUCGGGACCAAGUUGGUCGGCUGCGCACAGACGCGGAGGGCUCCGGGUGCGGGUGCGGCACAGCCCACGAUUCGGAGAAGACGCAUUUACAGCGGAAAUGGGCCCAAGAUUAGCAGCAGGAGGAGGAAGAAGGGGAGAAGAGGAGCUUGAUUUUGAUUGGUGGGGUAGUGGCCGUGAGAGCAGAGAGAGGGACGCAGAGGCUGCUGCGAGGCCGGGGGCUUGGUCGGAUGCCAAUGACGUAUUGUUUGAUCUACUGGAAAGUGGAUUUAGGGGCGAAGCAAUAGGAAGAGGAGUAGUAGGAGGUGUAGGAGGAGGAGGAGGAGGAGGAGGAGGAGGAGGAGGUGGUCAUGGGUCGCCAGACAUGAGUUACGAGGACAUGGUAGCACUAGAAGAGAGUUUAGGUCGUGUGUCUGUCGGUGUCCCUGAGGCGAGGCUUUCCGGUUUGCCUAAGUGGAUCUUCAAGGAUAAGAGGAAGGGCAGGGAUGGGGAAGCGAACUCAAUUUCGGCCAAAGGGAAAGAGGCUUGUCAAUGUGAUGACGAUGAAGGUGCUAAUCGUGAGGUCUGCAUUAUCUGCAUGUAUGAGUACAACGAUGGGGAGGAGGUUGUUACCCUCCCUUGCUGCCACAUGUACCAUGGCGAUUGUAUUUUCAAAUGGCUGAGACAGAGCAAACUUUGUCCUACGUGCAAGGGGAGUGUUGUCUAAAAAGUAAUGGGGGAGCGGAGGCUGUGUCCACAACAUCCGUCUUCCAUUGGAUGGACAGCCUGCAAGAGGUGGAAAAUCUCCUGCUGCGUUGUCCAAUCACCCAUCCCGUUGGGCCACCUACGUGCCACGUGGUUCGGAAUGUCCUCCUCCUUCCAGCUGCUGGGUGCUCUCCCUCUCUUCCCUCUCUUAAACCAAACCUGUAUGUCUACCCCAGCUGUACCGCUUCUACCGUUUGCAACUGGUGCCACCGGUGCUGUUCCUUCCACUUUCUUGCCUCAGGACACAUCUUUCAGCUUCCAUUGCUCGAAAAGAUGGUAGAGUUUGCUCUAUUUAGUCAUGAAACUGCUCUCUCUCUCUCUCUCUCUUCUCUCUCUCUCUCUCUCUCUCUCUCUCUCUCUCUCUCUCUCUCCCCGCUUCUGUCUCCCCCUCUCUCCCUUUUCUCUCUCUCUCUCCCCCCUCCCUCUCUCUCGUGGGGUCCUUCGUGCUGGAAACUGCGCAGGAACUACAUAGGCUGUGUUGUUUUUCAGAGUUUUGUCAUCAAUCUCUGCUUGUAGACCUGUGUCUCCUCCUCCUGACCCUCCCUCCAUUUCUUGCCUUCAUGGCGAUUUGAACGGUUGUUCGGAGAUGUUAUUGCAGCAGCAGCCCAUUUGGCUAUAACGGUACGAAGUGUGAGAAAGCCGUGGCUUUUGCUGCAGCUCUUCUCGUUUGUCUCUGUACGCUUCUGAAAUCAGUAAUUCAGUUAGUUGAUCGCGGUGACAGGGUGGCAACAUAUGUGAAACCCUGGCAACAUAUGUGAAAGUACAUGUAUGUCAAUCCGUUGGAUAAAUAUGUGCAGUUCUAAAAUCACGGUAGAGUCGAGCAUGUUGUUGAGGCGAGAGCUUGUUCGAAAAGACUUGGUGGGGAUUAGGGUAAGAUGCCAAGCAUGGCAAGCCUGCUGUAGAGAUGUUUUCCUUCCGCUAUUAUCAUAUCUCAUAAGGGACAGGAAGAGAAGAUGCGAUUGGGUUCUUGGCUACCAUGGUGAUCUACGGCAUCAUCGCGAUGUACGGCGUCACUCUGUAUGCUGUCAUGUACGGGGAGAAGAAGGGCAUGCAUGUGGACUGCUUGUGCAUACUAUUCGGACAUCUCAUAUGGUUUAGUUGGACGGAGGAGAUGUACAUGCAGUUGUGGGCAUGGGCUAGCGCACAUACUGCCAGAUCCAACUGACUUUUAUGGACGGGGCCUAUCAGACACUACGGUUGCCACCGUACGACUGGGUCUACCGGGUUGGCUACGACGCAUGGGACUUUGGACUGCAGGGAUUCUGCGGGCUGGGAAAUGCAUGAAAUCCUUUCAAUACCCACAUCUGCAUCUACACUCCCCAGAGGCGCAUGUGUGCAGAUGAAACAGGAAACUGUGUAUGCAUGCAUCUCUCUUGGAUUGUCGACGCAGGCGUGCAUGUGGUAAAAGAGGUAGACUUUCGAAAGUCGCUUUGCCCUGGGCAUAUGGGAACGGCAAAGAAAGAAGACAGGUUAGGCGGAACACUCUUCUUCCACACAUGGGGAGGAUGCGAGGAUGCACCCCGCUGCACAUUUUUUUUUUUUUUUUUUUUAAACUGGAAGAAUGUUGCCAUAGAUUGGGAAGAAUUCCUUGCUACCUGUUUUUUCUCCUUAAUGACAGGCAUCUUUUUCAUGCUCCGAGGCCAAUACCAAGAAUUGUCUGAAGGGGCUCUGGAAAAGUUGUUGGAAAGAUCUGAAGGGGCUUAAAGCGGCUGCGCGCUCGAGGAAAGAUGCAGUCUUGUAUCUGUUGUCGUCAGAACGAGGCAGGAAGUUGGUGGGGAGCUGCUGCUGCUUGUGCACAGAAAGAUCAGGGUACUUGUCUCUUGUCAGACGCUGUCCAUGGACAUUGGAUACACGUUUACGGCAUGGUCAAUUUUGACGUUGGGUGGUCGGAAAGGGAGGGACUUGGGACGGCGGAGCGAUGGAAGUCAAAGUGGACGACUGAAUUCCUGUUAAAUGCCCAUCUAGCUCGCUGGGCUUUUCAGUUCUGGUGUGUUGAGAAGAGCCAGGGAAAGAUGACAAAACACAUCACUCGUCUCUUCAUUUCAGAAGAAACGUGUUGCUUAAUAAUCUCCUGGCCCAUCAUGGUUAGGGUGGAAGUAGUGUGUGUGUGUGUGUGUGUGUGUGUGUGUGUGUGUGUGUGAGAGAGAGAGAGAGAGGAGGAAAUUGAAGAUGCUGACAAGUUCUCGCAUUCGUGAAAGG